AUGAAGAAACGACGAGAUCUCUCUCAAGACUUGCUCUACGAUUCGUACAUAGCCCCCAUACAAACCUACGACGAAAAAAAGACUAGUGACUUGUUUAAAAUCAGUUAUGUGAAACAGGAGGAGAAAAAAUUGAGGAAGGAGUUACACAAGGCUCGAGGUUUUAAAGGGUGGAUUUUUCGAAUUUCGGCCUAUUUUUGGCGGAUUUUGUUCGGCCAUUUUGCAGAAGAAUGGGUGUUUUUGGCCUUUUUGGGGAUUUUGGUCGCUUUGAUCAGCUAUAUGAUCGAUUGGGGGGUCAGGAUGUGCAAUUGGAGUCGUAUGUGGCUGUACGGCCCCCUUGCCCACAACGGCCACCCUUGGGCAAAGUACUUCGCUUGGAUCGCCCUUCCAGUGACCUUGUGUAUGUUCAGUGCCGGCUUCGUGAAACUUGUGGGCCCCAAAGCCGUCGGUUCGGGCAUCCCCGAGAUGAAAACCCUCCUCCGUGGGGUCCCCAUCCCCGACUUCCUCUCAUUCAACACUCUCAUCGCCAAAGUGGUGGGCAUCACCUCCACCCUCGGCAGUACCAUGCCCCUGGGCAAGGAGGGCCCCCUCAUGCACAUCUCCUGCUGCUGCGCCCACCUCAUCGGUAAAAUCACCACCUUCCAGGGGAUUUACCAGAACGAGAGUCGCAAAUUGGAGAUGUUGGCGGCGGCGACGGCCGUGGGGGUGGGAUGCACGUUCGGGGCCCCCAUUGCGGGAGUCCUCCUCAGUGUGGAGAUCACGACGGCGUACUACGGGGUUAGGAAUUACUGGAGGGGUUUCUGUGCGGCGGUUUGGGGGGCUACGUUUUAUAGACUUUUGUAUGUGUGGAUUGAGGGGGUGGAGUCGGUGACGGCGGUGUUUAAAACGAGUUUUUUUGUGGAUACGCCGUGGGCGGCGCAGGAAUUACUCGCGUUUAGUAUUUUGGGGAUUAUUUGUGGAUUUGGGGCGGCGUUUUAUAUGAGAAUGAGGAUCAAAUUCGGGAGGUUUAUCAAGGGAAGUAAAUUGGUGGCGAGGAUCAAGAAAGCCAACCAUUUUGUUUACCCCGGUUUCAUCUCCCUCGUCGUGGCCUCCAUAAACUUCCCCCCCGGCAUUGGCCAAUUCAUGGCCGGCCACCUCGGCUACGCCGUCCAAGUAAAACACAUGUUUGCCAACUUCUCGUGGAUGGCCCCCAACCUCACCGUCGCCCAACAAGAUAUCGUCAACCAAUGGAAAACCCCCUGGACCGGUCCCUACCUCCACCUCGUCUGUCUCAUCGCAUUUAACUUCGUCUGUAACAUCAUCUCGGCUACAAUGCCCAUCCCAAAUGGAAGCUUCGCCCCUGUUUUCCGCAUCGGGGCUGCCGCAGGGCGCAUUUUGGGCGAAUUGAUGAACACGUGGUACCCCACAGGGCUCAGCUACUACGGCCGGAUCACGAGGAUUGUUCCAGGGGGCUAUGCCCUUGUAGGGGCGGCCGCUUUCAGCGGGGCUGUCACACAAACGAUGUGUGUGGGGGUGCUAGUGCUGGAAAUGACAAGUCAAAUCACACACGUGAUCCCCAUUUUGAUUGCUAACCUCAUUUCGAAUAGUAUAGCCCAGUUAUGUGGGUCAGGGCUGUAUGAUAGCGCGAUCAAGGCGAAGAAGUUGCCCUAUUUGCCCGACAUGUUGCCCAGGAAUAGCGCCAUAUACAGUGUGUAUGUGGAGGAUUUUAUGAUCACAGACGUCAAAUAUAUCUACCACGGAAUGCCUUUUGAACAAUUGAAAAACCUUCUCAAGGACAACAAAAAAAUUAAGAGUUUUCCGUUGGUUAAUAACCCGAUCAGACUUAUUCUCUUAGGGUCUAUACAACGUUUACAAUUAAUCGAAUUAAUUGAAAGACAGGUUGGUAAACAUCGAAGAUUGCAAGAAUUGAAUGAAGAAGAACAAAACGAACUAAAAAAAACAAGAUCUGAGCAAUUUAAAACACAAGAUGGUGACGAGUCAAGUAGUGACGAGGACAAGUUUACUUACAAUCCGGCCUAUGAGGACCCUUACGAACCCAAGUCAAGGCCAAAAUCAGUGAAAUUGCCGAAUAAGCGCGUCUGCGACUUGUCCCCCACGACCCAGAAACGGUGGGAACGCUUCCAGAUGCAGAAACCGUGCGAUUUCCGCUUGUGUCACAUAGACCCCGCCCCGUUUCAACUCGUGGAGCGUACGUCCCUCCUCAAGGUCCAUUCGUUGUUUUCAUUGGUCGGUAUAAACACCGCCUACGUCACCACGAUCGGUCGUCUGAUUGGUGUUGUAAGUUUAAAGGAGUUGCGUCAAGCUAUAAGUGACGUGAAAAGUGGGAAAUUACAAGGUCACAAUAUUUCAAUAAUUGUGAGUGAGGAAACGUAAAUAAUAAUUGUGUAAAAACUUGUAUAUUUUAUAAAGUGUAUUUACAUAAUAUGUAGAA